AUGCCCCUCCUGGCGACACUCACAGAUACUUAUCUAUGCUGGAAGGCAACAUGCUCCGAUCAGCCCCAGCCUGUACCUGCCAGCAAUUGCCCUUCCAUUCCCUCCGAUUCCUACAGCUUUACCAUCGCUAUCGUUGAUAUCUUCACGCUACAAACAAGCACUUUCAUUCAUCGUGAUGCGAAGAGUCUGUCUCCUGCAAUUGACCUUGUCCGUGCUGGCUUUCUCAGUCAUGUACCGGUGUCACCCUCAGUAGCUAUCUCACUUCGUACUCUGGAGCAUUUUCGUCACCUCCGUCUCCGCAAACCUUCAUUUAGCGUCGAGGCAUAUGUCAAGGUGAUUUGCGAUUCAUACAAGGUACCCUAUAAACGUCACUGGCGUACUGUACUAGCCGAUGCUUUUGAUACUUACUUGGCCAUACUUCAGCAGGUUGAGCAGAGAGUCAACGCUGCUCUCGGUCGCAGUACUCCCAACUGGCGCAUACUCAACUCAUGCCCUCCCUGCACCUAUGAGUUGGAGGAUGAGCCCUCAUUACCAUUCUCUCGCAUGUAUGUCCUCGAUGGUGGCAACUCAGCCAAACGCAUGGCAGGACUAGGACGACGCGAGCGAGGAGACACGCGGACAUACACCGAGAGCGACUACAUCAUACCAUGUGACUUUGUUGAUAGCUUCGCCAAUGAAGUUCGACCACGCGCUUCAGACUCAGAUGAUGCAGACCCAGUUGUGGGUGUUUUCAAUACCACAGGAGAAGAGGACACACACCCUGAAGUCAACACGGACGAUCUCACAAUGCAGGUCAUGUCAUCUGACUGUAGUAAAAACUGGAAAGCAGCUGCCAAUGAAGAGAAGAAACAUAUGUGGUCUGUCUUUGACGAAACGGGGAUUUUUGUUUCCGCUUAUCGUCAUGGUCUUUUGUUAUGGGUGACAGACAUGGUCCGCAGUGGUGAACUUGCGAAAUAUCCUCUCGCGAUCAUGUCUAACGUCAUUGAUGUUCUUGGCGAACACGCUCUGGGAGCAUAUGAUAUAGGCUGCGGAUUUCAAUCUACCAUCCGUGCAAGCAGGCUGGGUGAUGCAUUCGAGAGGCAAAAGUGCUGCAUGUGUGUUGACGCCUUUCACGGCUACAGACACAACUACCUGUGUCAAACGAAGAACCAUCCAAACGGGAUUGUUGGUGCGGGUCUUGAAGACUUUGGAACUAUUGAACAUUUUUUCAGCGCAUUGAAUGCUAUUGCCCCUGUCAUCCGAUAUGCCAGUUCAUACCGCCGUCAUGUCUUUUUGGACCUCUUUUUCAAGCAAUGGGACGAGGAUAAGUACUUGAAUCUUGGUACUAUGAUAUACAAUAACUACAAGCAAGUGCUCGACAUUGUCUCGACGGAGUCGAUUGCUCUUGAUGAAGCAAAGCAAUCACUCGGCAUUCAGGAGGGUGAUCUGCAGACUUGGCGUCAGGAGGAAAUUGAGUAUUUCGCACAUCUGGGUAAAGAGACUGAGUGGGAUGUCCACGCGAUGGCAUAUGUGGAACUCCUACUGAAGCUGAGAGAUGCAGAAUCUCAGGUGCAGUCCGCAUCUACACGUUUUCUAUCUACGACUCCAAAGGAUUAUCAGUUCAUCUCUUUUACGGGCACACAGUCCUAUUCCGAUGACAUGAUGGCCACGAGAAAACUUGAGACACAAUGUCGGUACAGCGCUGAGCGUCUCGCUACAAUACAGCAAGAAGUCACUUCCAUGGAAGUGAAGAUGGGUAUCGCUAAUCGAUGGCAGCCUUCGUCACCUGAGUAUCAAGCAACGCUGAAGUAUAUGUCGAAUCAUCAGUAUCAACAUGUGUUGGACAAUCUUCAGCGCUUAGUAGUCCAACGGCUCUUCGAGCUUCAGCGGCUGAAUAUCUCACAGACUGGUGCGUCUUAUAAAAUGCGCACCCACAUAUCUAAAUCCCUUCAAACUCAAUGUCAUGCUAUUCAAAACACCGUCAAGACAUAUAAUACAGCAGCUGCAGCACUAUCACCCCCUCGCCCCCAGCUUGAUUGGUCCAAGGUAUCCCAUUACAGCUUUCUUGAGGAGUUCAACCUCCUGCGAGAUACACGACAAGACGUUCGCGAAAAAAUGUGGGCCAAACCUGCUAUCCGUGCAGUGAUCCGACAAUGGCUACGGAUUAACCAUGCGAAGGAGGAAAUAGACCGAUGCAACGUGGAGAUCCGCCGUUUGCACACUGCCAUCAUAGAUGAAGACACUUUCUUUACCCAAUGUCUCGCUUCACUCGCAGCUGAACAAGCUAUUGAACAUGUCGCAGUGUAUGAAUACUGCUCACACCACCGUCUAAUCAACAUGCAAGUCCUUCACCGCAUUUCAAAGAUCCACUUGCUUCCAGGAUUCUCCGGCUCGAUUUCAGCAGGCAUCAGGAAAGGAUCUAGAGGGUGUACUACAGAGGAUAUUGCUUUGUCUAGCAGUAACAAAGUUGAGUAUGACGACGACAGUGCACCCGCUGUUGAUGAAGUCGAGGAAUUGACACAGGACAUUGGUACCUUGAUAGAAUAUCUCUCUGACUUGAUGCUUCAUCGUUGA